CUUUUCUUCAUUCACUUGGCCCUCCCAGCAGGCUGAAGACAGGUUUCUUCCUGCUCCACAAAGCUGAGGUGUUUGGACUGACGGGAUCUUCAGAAGGUCUUGCCUGCUGCAACUACCGCAAGGGCUCACAGCUGGGUUCUGGACUGAUACAGAACAUGGCUAUUGCUCCUGGGGCUCCAAUCUACGUCAAGAAUAUGUCUAUGGGAACAGGAGUCCAAACUGGGAAGGUGAACAUCAUACCCCAGACGCAGGUGUAUCCUUGCUACAUCUCCAAUCCGGGGAUACAACCAGGGGUGCUGCUAUUGACCCAGCCUUCAGAAGCUGUAUUUCUGCCCUAUACUCCUGUGACUACUGAGCCACAAUUGCUAGUUUCUAUUUCUGGACAGCCUCAGGUGACCCAUAUCCUGCCUGGCACAUGCACAAAUUUGAUCCUCCAGCCCUGUGCCACUGCUGAUACUCUUCUACUGCAACCACAGGUAUCCCAAGCUUCUGAUCAGACCUCUGAGCAGGCAUCAACUACUGACUCCGAGUGGCAGCAGAAGCUUGAGGCUGCUGAAGCACUGCUGGCCCUGAGAAACUCAAGCCCAGCACCUGACUACAUGUCUCUGGAGCAGCCCUGUGGCCAACCAGUUCCUGCAGGAAAUACAACACACCAGCCUCAAGUUUCUACUGUGUGCCCCAGGCCAGUCACCUCUAACUCACCACAUGGUGGGAGCUCUCUCUGAAUUGGGACCACAGAGGAUAAGGCAUACUCAAAGCACUG